AGGGUUUCUAAAGCAGACGUUUGAAGGGUUAGCCCUCCAGAUCUCAUUUGCUUGAUCUACAUACUUAUGUCAGCAGCAACACCUUGACAAAUCGACAGGAAUCAACGAAAGGAAACGACAUGUUUGGAUCAUUGGUCCUGUUACCUUCAGCUUUCCUGCUGUUUAUGGUUUUCAUAACCGGGGAAACAGUAGUGAACGUGAAUAAUCCGAUUUCCCCGAAAGAGUACCAAGCUAAGAUACGAGGAGGAUUUUCCACAAAUUGGUUCAAAUCGAAGCCGCCACUGAAAAAAUACUCGGAACAGAACAUCAUAGACGUCCACGAGAAAGGCUUUAGUAACUUAAGGCUUCGAUGCAGGGCAGAUCUGUACUCAUACGACUUCUCCACCGUCGAAUUCAAACGGUUUCUUGGCUCUCUGACGACCGUUGUCGACCAUUGUCUGAAACACGAUGUGAUUCCAAUUAUCUCCUGGAUACACCACCACGCAGAAGCCUACGCUACAGAGAAGGAUCGUGUCGCCUAUGUUGGUUGGUGGACAGCUGUGGCACGCCAGUUAAAGGACAGGGACUACAGACUGAGUUUUAAUCUCUUCACAGAACUUGGAAUUGACACUUGUAAAGAGGAAGGGAAAAGUUGUGACAAAAGUCUUCGCAGGAGAACAGACAAAUACAACGAGUGGACAAAAAAUGUAACAAAAGCGAUUCGAGGUACGGGUGGAAAUAACAGAAAGCGAAUACUCAUUCUUGGGUCACCAGGAAAAACUGCCAAGGACUUACCUAAAAUCGAUUCAGAAAUUUACAAAAAUGAUCGGUAUAUGAUGGUUGAAUGGCAUCUUUAUGCUUCAGGGCCAAACAAAGAGAAGGAUUCCCAAAAGUAUUGGAGUGGUGAUGGUAAAUCUGGAGGCCAAGCAAAUGUCGAAGAAGCAAUUAGCUACGCAACGAGUUUUUCGAAGAAGACUGGUCUGCUGACCUAUCUUGGUGCUUGGAUGCCUCACGAUAACGCAAACGGAGGCAUAACAGAAACAGAAGCCAUAAAAUUUGCCCGUUUCUUUGUUAAGGAGCUGCGUAAGGAGAACAUACCGUGGUCCCUGAACGUUCUGGACAACUAUUACGACACCAAGGAAAGCAAAUGGCGGACAGAGACUCAAGUCAUCAAAGGUCAGCAGUUAAAGAUGGCCAAGAUUUUGAACAAUAUUCGUAAAGAAAUGCCAAAGGCUAUUUAUUAGUUAACUUUACAUCGG